AUGUAUGGAUUGUGCCAAUGUAAUGGACAUGCUCGACGUUGUCGCUUCAAUUUGGAACUCUACAAGCUGUCGGGCCGCGUUUCGGGAGGAGUUUGCUACAACUGUCAACACGACACCACCGGCCGUUAUUGCCACUAUUGCCGCGAGGGCUACUACAGAGAUUCAUCCAAGCCGCCCAAUCAUCGCAAAAUCUGCAAACGCUGCGACUGCCAUCCAGUUGGCUCCACGGGUAAAACCUGCAAUCAUCUGAGCGGUCAGUGCCCCUGCAAAGAGGGCGUGACAGGUCUGACGUGCAAUCGGUGUGCGCGGGGAUAUCAACAAACCAGAUCCCAUGUGGCACCCUGUAUAAAAUUACCGACCAAAGCGAAUAUGAUACAAGCGGAGAGCGCGGUGAGCGAGUAUCGAGAAUCAGCUGGACCCGAUGAUGAGAUGAAAAAAUAUUGUGGCAAAUGCAAGGCCAGCCCGAAAAAACUCAAUUUAAAUAAAUUCUGCAUGGAGGAUUACGCCAUUUUGGCAAAAGUCAUUGGGCAUGACCGCGCUUCACAGGACAUCAAUACGGAGAAAUUUUCGAUUGAACGACAAAAUGAAAUUUUCAAAUACGAAAUAAAUAUACAAACGAUUUUUAAACGGAACCCUUUGCAGGGUACGACGAGUUCGCUGCUGGGCAGAGGGCAUAUGAUGUGGCUGGUGCCGCGCAAGAGUCUCGAGUGCCAAUGUCCCAAAAUAAAGUUGAACAAAUCCUAUCUUAUACUUGGACGCGAUGCGGAGGCCGCACCUGGCUAUCUAGCCAUUGGUCCCAGUUCGGUGGUGCUCGAAUGGAAGGAUGAAUGGUCGUUGCGCAUGAAACGCUUCCAGCGGCGAGCGCGUAAAUGCAGUUGAAUCGAACCGGAAACGGAAUAUGUCAGAACGGAUUUUAAUUUCAUACAUUUGGAUAGAUAUCGUUUCUUGUAUAAAUUGUACAGUUUACUCAAAUUUUUGACAUUCUUCGGUAUUAUGCUAUAAACAAGAGAACAUAGUGACGGUGAGAAAGAGAGUAAGAAAAAAAGCACAACAAUAACAACAAAAGAGAACAGAAUUAAAACAAAGUCAUAUUUAUGCACCACAAAGCGUUGCAUGCAGGGCUAAUAAGA